UCUCUCUCUCUCUGGUUCUUCAUCAUGGAAAGAACGCUGUCAAGCUUACGGCCCCCAACAUAUGGAAAACUAAUCACCAUUCUCAGUAUCGAUGGUGGUGGAAUAAGAGGGAUCAUCCCUGGCAUUAUUCUUGGUUUCUUGGAGUCCCAACUGCAGGUUCUGGAUGGUGAGGAUGCAAGACUUGCAGACUAUUUUGAUGUUAUUGCAGGAACUAGUACAGGUGGUUUAGUGACUGCCAUGUUAACUACACCCAAUGAGAAGAAACGUCCUCUAUUUUCUGCCAAAGAUAUCAAGGACUUCUACAUGGAAAACUGCCCUAAAAUAUUUCCACAAAUGAGCUGCCCAUUUGCUCCUAUUGCAAAGAUGAUCAAAACAAUGACAGGACCAAAAUAUGAUGGCAAGUCUCUUCAUAAUAUUGUCAAAGAAAAACUAGGAACCACACAAUUACAUCAAACACUUACUAAUGUGGUUAUCCCUACAUUUGACAUCAAACAAAUGCAACCAGCCAUCUUCUCCACUUAUGAGGUGAAGAACACACCAUCUUUGGAUGCUUUACUCUCAGACAUCUGCAUCAGUACCUCAGCAGCACCAACUUAUCUUCCUGCCCAUUACUUUAAAACUGUAAAUUCUGAUGGGAGUGAGAGAAGAUUCAACCUCAUUGAUGGUGGUGUGGCUGCUAAUAAUCCGGCUUUGGUGGCUAUGGGUGAAAUAACAAGGGAGGUUCUUAGUGGAAAUCCUGAUUUCUUCCUCAUAAAACCAAUGGAUUAUGCAAGAUUUCUGGUCAUAUCUUUAGGGACUGGUACAGCAAAGACUGAAGAGAAAUAUAAUGCUAAUGAUUCUGCUAAGUGGGGCAUUUUGGGGUGGUUGACCAAUGGUGGCUCAACUCCAUUAGUGGACGUGUUUACUAACUCGAGUGGAGACAUGGUGGACUAUCACAUUUCUGUGGUUUUUAAAGCUCUUAACUGUGAAGAUAACUACAUUCGAAUUCAGGAUGAUACACUUGGAGGGACAGUAUCUUCGGUCGAUGUAGCUACCAAAGAGAACUUGGAGGAUCUAGUGAAAGUUGGAGAAAGUUUGUUAAAGAAACAAGUUUCAAGGGUGAACUUGCAGACGGGUCUCUCUGAACCAGUCAAAGGUCAAGGAACUAAUGAAGAAGCUCUCAUCCAGUAUAAACCAAAUCUGCCUCUGCUUCUUAAUAAUAGAUUAUUAAGUUCUUAUUAAGUUCUUGCUUUUGUAGUAAUGUUGUUGGGUGACAAAUCUGUUCUAAUAUUUGCAGGUUUGCAAAACUACUCUCACAAGAGAAGAGAGAACGAGACAUUAGAUC